GAAGAAUAGAAAUCCACAAAAAAAGAAGAAGAAGGAACAAAGCUAAGCUAACAAUGGCGUUGAACGUCAUAGCAGCAGGACCUGGGCGUCUAUCUUCAGCCACGUCUCUCACCUUCGUUUCCACCAUUAAAUCAGCCUUUGUUAAACCUCCUUCACCCUCCUCUCUCAGAACCACCACCAUCCGAUUAGCUUUCUCUUCGUCAUUUUCUUCUCCCCGUCGAGGCUUCCACGGCGGUCGUGUUGUAGCUAUGGCGGCUUCUUCUUCUCCUCCAGGAUCUGUCAAUAAGCCAGAGGACGAGUGGCGUGCGAUUCUAUCCCCUGAACAAUUUAGGAUUCUCAGGCAGAAAGGCACUGAAUAUCCAGGAACAGGAGAAUACAACAAACUAUUCGAAGACGGCAUCUAUUGCUGUGCAGGAUGUGGAACUCCUCUCUACAAAUCCACCACCAAAUUCAACUCUGGUUGUGGCUGGCCAGCUUUCUUUGACGGACUCCCCGGAGCCAUAACACGAACUCCCGAUCCAGAUGGGAGCCGAGUUGAGAUUACAUGUGCAGCUUGUGGAGGACAUCUCGGUCAUGUUUUUAAAGGAGAAGGUUUCCCUACACCUACGGAUGAACGACACUGUGUGAACAGUAUAUCUCUCAAGUUCACACCGAAGAAUCCAAACCUGUGAUAAAUAUGAUCAUACAAAAACAUGUAAAAACUAUAGGGUUGUGUUGUGUGGUGCUUCUAUGCCUCUCUCUUACCGUGUUUUUCCUUUGGUCGGUAAAACUAGUGUUUUGUUUCGACGGCUAGCAAGAAAGGUUAAUAAAAAGUUACUUGUUUGUUAAAAAUAAAUAAAAGAGAUCUAAGAAAU